AUGUCACUGUGGAGCCAACCUUCACUUUUUAUCACAGAAAUCUUUCUGCAGUGUACAGUAAAUGUUGCGCACGAGGGCCAUGUGGAGGUGGAACUGGAAGUGGCACAUGAGCAUCUCAAUCCAGCCGACACAAUGCACGGGGGAUUCACAGCGACGUUAGUUAAUAUUACAUCGGCAGCUGCCGUUCUUACUUCUGGUCGCACCAGCACUGGGCGGUCAUUGGAUCUGUCUAUUUCCUGCAUUGGUGCAGCAAGAGAAGGUGAAUUAAUUGUCGCCGAUUCAACCGUGCAGAAGACGACCCGUAAUUUAGCUUUCGUCAACACAACAAUCUACCGAAAAGACAAUCGCGCGAUAAUCGCUACAGGACAGGAUGUUAGAACUUUCCUCGUGCCUGCUUGA